AUGCUUUUUCUCUACCUAGGAGCUUUCCCUCCAUAUGUUGAUAUCAAAAUACACAACCUCUUACGUCAGCUAAUUGCUGAGGGGUUUGUUGAAGCGCUUGAAAAACAAAAUUUGGAUGAUUUUAUGGUCGAUUGCAUGGUAAAGCUUUCUCGUGGAUAUCAUCUUGUUCUAUUAGAAUCGAAUCGGCAAUCUAUGCUUUCAAGGCAUGAGUUUCGUGUGCAUUCUUGCUGGCAGCACUUGUGUAAGAAAGAAGCUAGUAAGACCAAGUUUUUACAUGUUUUACAAAGUUGGGAUGAUGAUGAUGAUAUUAUGAAAAACCAACGUCGGUUGUGCGUCCAUUACAACACUCUAUUUGCCUUCAAACAUGUAUGUGAUUCAAUAAAAAGUGAGUGCGCAUCCACCGUCCGCUCUCUCCUUUGUUUGGGUCCUUACCACAAAUAUCCGGUGCCAAUUCAUGCCAUGGAUUUUAAGUUGUUGAGGGUACUAGAUGCUCUUGCAGUCCGAUUUUACCAUAUUCCACUUGAAAUUAUGAAACUAGUCUGUCUAAAGUACAUUGCUCUGACUUGCAAUACAAAGCUCCCUAGUUCCAUAUCUAACCUUUUUCACCUUCAAACCUUGAUUAUCCAUCCACAUAUGUGCAUUAGAAAGCGUGGAACAUUGUCACAUAUGCCAGUGGAAAUAUGGGACAUGCAAGAGCUACAACAAAUUGACGUUAGAGGAAGAGACCUACCAACCCCUAACUCUGAUGCUACUUUUCACAAACUCUCAUUUCUUUUUGGUGUGAGUGCAGAAAGUUGCACUAGAGAAAUCCUGAAGAGAAUCCCUAAUUUAAAAAGAUUAGAUAUUCAAGUGGAGUUGAAGCCUUACGAUGAUGACAAUGAUAGCAAUCCAUUGAGUAGCCUAGGCUAUAUCUCAGAGGAACUUCGGAAUUUGGAGGUUCUUAGAUACCAUGUCGAGAAUCCUAAGAUGGAGCAUGAGUCUAUCAUUCCUCUUUCAAUGUUUCCAUCAAGUCUGACAUCUUUGUAUUUGAGUGGCUUCGGGUGUCCAUGGAAGCACAUAAAUGACAUUUGUUCGCUGCUACCGAAUCUUAUGGACCUCAGCUUACAACAGUAUGCUUUUCGAGGCUCGGAGUGGGAAAUAGAAUCAGGUUGUCUUUUGAAACUUGAGGAACUUAUAAUUGGAGACACCAAUUUAUUGCGAUGGAGAGCUCGACAUGGAAGCCUCCCAAGGCUUCGCCUCCUAAGCAUACAUCACUGCUACAAAUUACAACAACUUGAUUGGACGCGUGUGAUACGAUCCCACAUCGGUUUCACACGAAAGUGUGGAAUAGCAUAUAAUAGGGAGUCAACCCUUUACCUUUGACCAUGGUUUUGGGUUAAGUUAGGGCUUCCUAUCUUAUAUGCUUAUCAAUUUGGUGCGGUGAACGUGGAUCCGGAUGUCCUACGGAAAGGGGCUACCCGUAGGUGUGACCAAGGGGUGCCACCGAAAAAAACGUGGGCCCGAAAGGAAAAAGGGCCGUAAAGCGGAUGGUGGGCCCGUGGCGUGUGCCGUCCGUGGACGUCCGGUUUAAAAGAGGGAUGGAUUGAUACGAUCCCACAUCGGUUUCACACGAAAGUGUGGAAUAGCAUAUAAUAGGGAGUCAACCCUUUACCUUUGACCAUGGUUUUGGGUUAAGUUAGGGCUUCCUAUCUUAUAUGCUUAUCAA